AUGAUUUUUCCCGCAGAGGAAGGUCGAGAUGUUUUUGCCCUUGGCAGUGUCAUUGUGAAAUCAAGCCACCGACACCAACAUGAGAAAAUCGACUACUCAUACGCCGAUGCCAACGAAGUCCAGGCAAUUACUAUCGCUAAAAGCGUCCUAGAUGGGGUCAAUGUGCCUGAUAUCUAUUUUUCUGGCAAGAUCAACGGUCGCGCGGUGUUGAUCCAAGAGAGACUUCCCGGUGUAUGUCUCAACGUUGCGUUGCCGUACUUGUCAGAGGUCCAAAAAAAUUCCUUCAAAUUACAAGCACGGGAGAUUCUCCGACAGUUACAUGCUAUCAAAGCGCCGAGUAGUCGUGAGACGCGUGAUCAUAUCGUUCCCGAUCCGAAUAUCCUGACCAGUGGUCGCUUGAACCCUCGAGAGGCACACAUUCUCUUCUCAGCAAACGUUGACCAAGAUAUGAGUUUUAUGCAUAACGACUUUACGCCAUGUAACUGCAUCGUAAACGACGACAAGAUUGUUGGACUUAUUGACUGGGAAAUGGCUGGUUAUCUGGGUUGGAAAACAGCUGGAGAAAUCCACCGAAAGAUUAGGUCUCCCCGGAGAGAACAGUAUUUCCAUGCCAACUUGGAUGAGGGGGAGCUUGAAGAUAUGAUGUGGUGGAAUGAUCUUUACGACGUGCUACCUUGA